GUCUUGCUAGGUGAUUGGUGAGCUAAGAUGGCGGCGCCAGAGGACCCCGAAUUAUCGCAGGCGCAGACCGAAAAACUCCUCCAAUUUCAGGACCUCACUGGCUUGGAAUCAAUCGACCAAUGUCGACGCACAUUAGAGCAGCAUAACUGGAACAUUGAGGCUGCAGUACAAGACAGGCUCAAUGAGCAGGAAGGAGUGCCCAGUGUGUUCAACCCUCCACCGCCUAGACCAUUACAGGUCAACACAGCAGACCACAGAGUAUAUAGUUAUAUUGUCUCCAGGCCGCAACCCAGGGGCUUGCUAGGAUGGAGUUAUUAUUUGAUAAUGCUACCUUUCAGAUUUACUUAUUACACACUUCUGGACAUAUUCAGGUUUGCCCUGCGGUUUGUGAGGCCGGACCCACGUGGUCGUGUUACAGACCCUGUUGGGGAUGUUGUUUCCUUUAUUCACAGUUUUGAGGAGAAGUAUGGUCGCUCACAUCCUGUUUUUUACCAGGGAACAUACAGCCAGGCAUUAAAUGAUGCCAAACGGGAGCUCCGCUACCUUUUAGUGUACCUUCAUGGAGACGAUCAUCAAGACACUGAUGAGUUUUGCCGGUCCACAUUAUGUACAGAAGAGGUGGUAACCUUUGUCAACACCCGAAUGCUGUUCUGGGCAUGCUCAACAAGCAAGCCUGAGGGCUACCGAGUGUCCCAAGCGUUGCGAGAGAACACUUAUCCAUUCCUGGCCAUGAUCAUGCUGAAGGACCGCAAGAUGACAGUAGUCGGCCGCCUGGAGGGUCUCAUCCAGCCCGAGGACUUUGUCAAUCAGCUCACCUUCAUCAUGGAGGCCAACCAAACAUAUCUGAUGUCUGAGCGCCUUGAACGGGAGGAGAGAAGUCAGACCCAAGUGCUAAGACAGCAACAGGAUGAGGCGUACCAGGCCUCUCUCCGUGCCGACCAGGAGAAGGACCGAAAGAAGCGAGAGGAGGAGGAGCAACGGAGGCUAGAGGAAGAGAAGGUCCUGCAGUGCGCUCUAGCCGAGGAGAGGAGACGACGAACACUGGAAGAAGAAAAGGAGAGGAAGUCAGAAUGUCUCCCGCCAGAGCCGCUUGCAGAUGAUCCAGAAAGUGUCAAAAUAGUGUUCAAGCUGCCCAAUGACACGCGUGUGGAAAGACGAUUCCUCUUUGGGCAGUCUCUUACAGUAAUCUAUGACUUCCUGUUCUCAUUGAAAGAAAGUCCAGAGAAGUUUCAGAUCGUCACCAACUUCCCUCGCCGAGUGCUGCCCUGCGUUCCGACUGAGGAGCAGCCCAAUCCUCCCACGCUGAAAGAGGCCGGACUCAGCCGUUCUGAGGUCCUUUUUGUUCAGGAUCUUACGGACGAUUGAUAAACAACAACAAAAAAGACCUCAUGCCGCUUCUGUGUGGGAACACUUCCAAUGCCCAUCCAUACCCAACCACCCUUUGUCCUUUUUUUGUUAAAUGGCCACUAUGGGAUCAUUCAGUAUAAAUCUGGACUAAUGUUAAGUUCCCCUUAAAGCCAUUGUUCACCUGUUUACAGGGUUCCCAAUAGCCUGGAAAGUCUUGAAUUUUAUUAAAUAAAUUUUUCUUGAAGUUCUUUCUUGAACCCUUUUUUUAUCCAGAGGUCUCAUCUCGUGUGUAUCAGCAGCCUGUUCAUCUUGUCUCUACCCUCGACAAGUAGUCAUUGCAGAGGCUGGUGAUUCCUCCACUUAAAAAGUACUUACUCCCAACAACUAGCUGAGCCUUUUGCGAAACCGAACACAUGACCGCAAUGACCUUAGAGUAUCUAUUGAUCCAUGUAUAUACAAGGAUCUUUGCCAUGGCUUUUUAAUGUAAUUUUCAAACUUGUUUGGCAGAUCAGGCACUUGUUUGAAAUGCCUUUUACGUUUCCAUUUUUUCCCUCUAUGACUCAUUAAGAGAGAACCAAAUUUAGACUUAAAGGAAAUAUGGGAACCCUGUUUUAAACAAGUGACAUGUACAUACGUGUUCAUAAACAUGGAAUCCCCCUCCCCGACUCAUCUGCGUCAUAUAAUGACCAGAUGCAUGUUGACUAUGCAGACUGAAGUUCACCACGUUUAACAAGAGGCCACACCUUUUUUCCAAGUGGUACGCUGUUAGUCUGCAGUCACUCACUGUUUUGCUUGUAACAUCCAAAUAAGCUCUUGUAAAGAUGUAAUUUCCCCAACUAUAAAUUAAAGAAAAAAAUAAA